CCGCUGGCGGGGAGGUGAGCGACGGAGGGAGAGGAGUUUCUGGCCGGGACGCGACUGCGGAAGAUGGCUCAGCUCAGCUCAGUCAUGGCGGUGGCGGCGGCUGCUCUCGCUGCCGUGAUCUUCUCCUCCGUGCACAAGGUGGAAGAGGGUCACAUCGCCGUGUACUACAGGGGCGGAGCGUUGUUAAAGGCCACAAGCGGCCCUGGGUUCCAUCUGAUGCUUCCAUUUAUUACCACCUUUAAGGCAGUGCAGACCACUCUGCAGACCGAUGAAGUGAAAAAUGUUCCCUGUGGUACGAGUGGUGGUGUAAUGAUCUAUUUUGAUCGAAUUGAAGUGGUGAAUUUCCUCAUACCAAGUGCAGUGUACGACAUAGUGAGAAAUUACACAGCAGACUAUGACAAGACUCUGAUCUUCAACAAGAUCCACCACGAGCUGAAUCAGUUCUGUAGCAUUCACACGCUGCAAGAGGUCUACAUCGAGUUGUUUGAUCGGAUUGAUGAAGACCUGAAGCUGGCGUUGCAGCAGGACCUGACCAGUAUGGCUCCUGGACUCAUCAUUCACGCAGUACGAGUCACCAAGCCAAACAUCCCAGAAACCAUCCGGAGAAAUUAUGAACUGAUGGAGAGUGAAAAGACCAAGCUCCUGAUUGCAGCUCAGAAACAGAAGGUGGUGGAGAAGGAAGCAGAGACCGAGCGCAAGAAAGCUCUCAUUGAGGCCGAGAAGAUCGCACAAGUGGCUGAAAUCAAGUUUGCUCAAAUGAUCAUGGAAAAGGAAACGGAGAAACGGAUAUCGGAGAUUGAAGAUGGGGCCUUUGUCGCACGGGAAAAAGCUCGAGCGGACGCCGACUUUUACACUGCCAAACGAGUGGCUGAGGCAAACCGGCUGAAGCUGAGUCCUGAGUAUCUCCAGCUGCUGAGGUAUCGUGCAAUCGCCUCCAACAGCAAGAUAUAUUUUGGGAAGGACAUCCCCAAGAUGUUCUUGGACCUGAGCGCCUUUGCACCAAACUCUGCGGGUAAAUCAUCGGAUGAAGCAAGCUCCUCUCCUGAGCUCGAAAAGAUGAAGGAAUUUGAGGACAAUCUGUAAUGAUGUGGACGGACUGGUGGGUGUAGUUCAGCCACUGUAAAACCAGCAGAAAAUGCACUGAGUCACUUCAGCUCAUUUUGCCCCCCAAGUGGAGUCUCCUUAAAUGUAAUUACGUUGUCACCUCUGUACCGGUGGGUACGUUACAGAUGCCUGUGAAAACUUAAGGUUCUGAGGGCACAGUCUUGCAGCCGGCACAGUAUAGCUGCGGACUAAAUCUGCACUGUGUCAUAGUUAUCUCCCGCCUUGGAGUCGGUGAACAGCCAGGUGCACGAGGGUGAGAAUUGGCUGGCAUUACACUCGGUACUGGCACUUGCCUUUGCAUGCCUGUUCACUCAGUGAUAGCCGUUCUGCAGCCCUGCUCAAACUUGACACAAAGGUUCAAAUUAAAUUUUAUUUUCAAAGUACGUACAUGUCACCAUAUACAACACUGGAAUUCAUUUUCUCGAGGGCAUACUCAUUAAAUCAAUAGAAUAAUAACUGUGACAGAAACAAUAAAAUACUGCCCAACUAGUACAAAAGAUAGAGAGCAGAGUACUGUACCUACCUGGUCAGCUUAGUCCUUCAUGAAAUCUGUAGUUUAUAAAAUUGAUUUAGAAGUACAUUGCUUAGAGGGAAGUUGCAUACUGCAGAUUGCAAUGGGAAUAAUUCAGAAGAGGUACAGUAUAUUUAAAAGGAUAUUCAGAACUGUUGUCUGCAGCCUGCAGAACGUCGCUGACAAUCACUGGUGCCAUCUUGCUCAAAUGUUUAGGUAAUGUGGAUAUUCAGCCUUCCGGAGCCUUUGAUGAACUAAUUGGAGUUGGACCAUUGCAAGCUUCAGUAAGUGUUGGAUUACUGAAUGUUUCCUGAACAGUCAUCGACUGAUGUAAAAUCCCAUCAUCAGGUUCGGGCUUCUCUAUUUCAUUCUCUCCUCUUGAUGCUUCUUGGCAGGAGAUGUCUUGUCCCAGUCUGGAAAGGUCCAACUUACUGGGGAGACCUUUAGUUGACUCCAUUCAUGUAGCCAGCAUCCCUCACUCCCUGACUAUAGGUUCCUCCUCUGAAAAACCCUUCAGUCUGAAUCCUGAGAAACCAUGAAGUGAACAACACAUUAAAUACCAAUAAAAUUUGAUUCCAGAAAUCCACAGCCCACAUAUUGUGUGGCAUGUUGAUGCACAUGCAGGCUUGCUGUAGUCGUGAGAAUGUUUUAAAGCCAGCACACUAAGUUAUGCAGGCAGCUCUCGGUUAUGUACGAGAAGCACCAUUACACCAGCUGUGAGCUCAAACCAGGGGAAAUUGCGGACAUUCGGGGUCAAAUCUGACUCUGAUUCAUCUGUUUAUCACGUACAUCAAAGUGUGCAGUGAAAUGCAUCAGCUCAACCUGUUGAUGUGGGCUGGUCCCUGGUGUAGAAGCAUCUGCACCGGACUUCGAGGUGAGUGAUCCCAGGUUUGAAUUCAGGCGGCUGCUUGUAUGCUUUCCAUCUGUGCUGGGUUGACCGUCGAGCUCGCAACUUGGCCUCAUAAAAAACAGAGAGAUGCUAAAGGUUGCUGCCCAGUGUGUGAAGGGUGGUGGGGGAGACCUGUAGAUGUGCUGGAGGCACAAGUGUCACCACACUUGUGGGUGUACCUACACCUCAGGGACUGCUGCGGUUCAAGAAGACCCUCUCAAGGGCAUCUAGGGAUGGGCAGUAAAUGCAGGCUUAGCUGGCGAAGCCCACAUCUCAUAAAUGAAUAAAUAAAACAAUACAUUCUGACGCCAACAUAGCAUGCCCACAAUGUUCAGCAGAACACACCAACAGCAAAACAAGCCCUAUUCCUCUCUCCCUCUCAUCCACUUAUGUACACAGGCCUCUUCGGGCUUCCAACUUCCCCGGUGGACCUGCAGGCCCAAGACCUUGAUUGUACCAAGGCAUAUUUUUGUACUGUAACUCACUUUGCUGACAUACUCUCUCUCGUCUUCUGCAUUCAUGUUUCUGCUGCCUUCUCAUCGGCAGGUCUGCUUCCAUCAGGAGUGCUCAGACCUGAGGCAGCACCUGGUGUAUGUAACUUGGAUCCUCUGUACUGUCCCGUAUCAUGACUCUCUAAUUGCUGUUGUGUGGACUUGGUUGCUGACCAUGUAAUUUUCCUUUGCCAUGCACUCCAGAUUCUCUCAUUACCUAAAGUGGUUUAAUGUCAAUGAGAGAUUUGAACAGGCUCCUCCUGCUCGACCGCCAGGCUGCAGUGUGCACCAGAUAAACAUGGGGCAGGAUCUCUGGCAGGUCUCGUUGCUGCACUGACUCCUAGCUCCUACCUGUAACUGAGAAUGUGAGGCACAGGCAAGCUAUCAGCAGUAUGUGGAUUUGUAUCUUGUGCACGCCACAAGCCUGUGUUUCUAACACCGUCCCAGCAGGACCAGGCCGUGUGCACCCACACUU